UUUUUUUUUUAUUUUUGUUCUUCGUACUGAUUUACAACAAACAAGAUCAAUGUCAACGGAACAGAAAUUACCCAAUAUAUUAGUGACUGGCACACCAGGGACAGGGAAAACGACCACCAGUGAAAUGAUAGCUCAAGUGACGGGUCUAACACAUAUCAAUGUAGGUGAACUAGUCAAAUCCAAACAAUUCUAUGAAGGUUACAUGGAAGAAUACGAUACCCAUAUCUUGGAUGAAGACAAGCUAUUGGAUGAACUGGAGGAUAUUAUGCAAGAAGGUGGAAAAGUAGUAGAUUAUCAUACCUGUGAACUUUUCCCAGAACGAUGGUUCGAUCUUGUUUUAGUAUUACGGGCACAAACUCAUACUUUAUUUGAUCGUAUGGAAAAGAGAGGAUACAAUCAGAAGAAACGGGACGAAAAUAUGGAAUGUGAAAUCAUGCAAGUCGUCUUGGAAGAGGCACGCGAAUCAUAUGUUCCAGAAAUAGUAGUAGAAUUACAAAGCGAUACGGUGGAUGACAUGGAAUCAAACGUGGAUAGGGUAAAGUUAUGGUUGGAUGCAUGGAAGAAACAACAUGGUUAUGAUGGAUAGUCUUAUUUUUGUUAAAUUUUAGAAUAAUUAAAUUGUAUAUUACGCUUAUUUAUAAUAAAAGUUUAUGGUUGAUGCGAACGCUCAUUAAAAAUAGAAA